UUUUUUUUUUUGUCUUUGCCCAUUGUCUCCAUACCAGAAAUCAGCCCGGGGUCAUCCUCCAAGCAAGUCUGCCACAACGGACAGCCUCCAUUCCCCCCGCCACGGAAAACCCACUCCACACCACGACUCCACCGGCUGCUCACUCAUAGUUCCGGAUCCACGGACACAUCCCCAUUUCCCCGCCGUGUUUAUUUUUUCUGUAAGGCAGGCCCACCGGAUACUUUAAUCUUGGUUCCCGCACACUCACAGAUAGCCUCCCGACUUGAUUGCCUGGGCCAUACACAGACCCUCGCCACCUAAAAACCCCUUGUUGCCCGAAACCAGUGGGCGUCUAAUCCCCCCGUUUGUCUGUCCACAAAACCACUGCCCCUCCCGCCGAUGUCUGACUACCACAACCCGCUCUCGGUGGUCAUUCCCCACGAGUUCCACAACCACCAAGACUUCCCCACGGAGGUGGUUGCACACAGAUUCCAGGCGUACAGGGAUAUAGUGAAGGACCUCAUUUCGUACCUUCGCCAGUACGCGUCCGUGCAAGAAGAAAUCGUGCGGCAGCAGGUGAGGCUUCAACAGGCCGUGGGCGCCGCAAGCCAGUCCGUCUCCCACGCUGCCUCCAGCGAAAAACAGCACAGCCACAUCCGCUCGAGACUGCGGGAAAAGCCCACCGUCAACGACGACGACCUCAGUGCCAUCAACCAGUUCUUCUUGCCCAUUGGAAACGGGCUGAUCCAGGACAUCCCCACGAUAUUGACCAAGUUCCACCAGCAGAACAUCCAGACGAGCACCAAGACGCUCAAAGAUAUCAACCAGGUGAUCAUCCCGAAACUCGAGGACUUGCGCAAGGACUUGCUCGUCAAGGUCAAAGAAAUCAAGAACUUGCAGAACGACUUCAAGAACACGCUCUCGCGGGAAAUCACCGAAACAAAGGCCUUGAUUGCCGGCUUCAACCAGGCCAUCGACGUGACGACCCACUUCGAAAAGUUGGGCUCUGCCGCGUCGCUUCACUACGACCUGAACGGCGACGCCGACAACGCAAAGAAAGAUCCCUUCUUGAUGAAGAUCAAGUUAGAGCGGCAGUUGAAAAGACAGUUGCACGAGGAAGCGUACCUCUACGAGGCAUACAAAAACUUGCAAAUGUCAAGUGAAAAGCUAGAGUCGAUAGUCGUGUUGGAGAUUCAGAACCACAUGGGCAUGUUUUUGAACUUAGUCGAAAACGAGAGCUCUUCCGUUUCCAAUUUCUUGGUGCCAAACUUUACCCAGGGAUUCUUGGCCAAAGAGCCCAAUUUGGAGUGGGAGGCUUUCAUCCUGAGAAAUUUGCCUCGCUCGUCAUCCAUCUCGCACAACUUGACCUCUGGCAUGUUUAUUGAUCUCUCGUUUCCUUCACGCAAAAUAAGCGACCUUGCCAUCCCACACUACGACUCUUUGCUCAACAUCCCAGUGAGAGAGGGAAGCCUCGAGAGAAGAUCCAAGUUCUUGAAAUCGUACUCUGGUGGGUGGUACGUAUUGACUUGCAGCUACCUCCACGAGUUCAAGUCUCCAGACAGAAAGAAGGACCAGAACCCGGUCAUGUCAUUGUCUUUGGACCACUGCCUGGUGAGCGAGCAUUCAAAGAACGACGGUAAACUAUCAGGAGCUUACAAGUUCGUGUUGUAUUCCAAGCUGCAGAACGGAUUGAUACACAGGGGCCAUAACUGGUCUUUCCGAUGCGAGACGUAUCAGACUAUGAUUGAGUGGUACAACGAUAUCAAAACCCUCACAUCCUUGCCAUCUCCAACUUCUCGUGCCAAAGCCAUGAGCAAGAAGUUGACGGCAAACGAUGCAGCUGGCGACAAGUUGUCAAGAACGUCCAGUGCCAUUUCAGGGCACACAGGGGUCAAGUCCUUACGAUCCAGCGCCUCCAGGGCGCGCAAUAGAUUGACCCAAGAAGUGACAAACUCGUCUGUCGUAUCUACGGUCCCAUCCCAUCGGUCUGCAACCGCAUCUGGCUUGAACAGGGCAAGCUUAUCUCCUUCCGUGCACCGCUCCCCCAAAUUGUCGAACCUACUUAACAGCGACGGGACAGCAGUGGCGUCUUCUGAAGAACAUACAAAGGACAACGACUCGGUUGAUCAGAAUGGGAAUAUCACUGUGAGAACGCUGGUCUCCUUAGAUCGGAAUGAAAGCAGACAAGAUAUGUCCAGACAAGAGAAACGCCUGAACGGAAUUGAUCGUCCAGGCUCCAAUCUCCUGACACCAAGCGGAGAUCAACGCAGCGCUGAAGGCCACGCCUCGCCCCAACAGACGAUCCCGCAAAACUACCAAUACUACAUCAACCAGGUCAACCAAAGACCUCAACAGUUUUACGACCCUGUUCUGCAGCAGUUCUUCAUGAUCAACGCUAUUCCUGCACUGCAGGUCACACAGAUGGACCAAGCCCCCCAGCAGAGUCUUCCAGCCACCACCAGUGUAACACCAAGCACAACUGGACUCCAGCCACAGGGAAUAGUGCAGCCAAUGCCACAGUAUUUUCCGUCAUCGCCAUUGCCCGUCCACAGCCAGCUAGCUUCUGAAGCAUCCAGUUUGCACCCACAACAGUCGCCACUUUCGCUCCAGGGCCAGUCGGUUCCGGGUAUAGUCGAGCAAGGAAAGAGAACAAGUCAGUAUAUUCCGCAAUUUCCGGGCCACUUCAAUGAAGGACCUUCCAGAAACGCGCCUUAUCCAGUUCAGUUUGGAGAUAGCAUUGAUGGCAAUGCGCAAGGCCCGUCAAGUAGUGGGCAGCCGGAGCCUGGGCGCAAUAACAGCAUUGAUGAAAGAGAGUCCAAGGUGACGAUCAGUGAUGAAAAUUAAGAUGUACAUAUACAUGCAUGCCGGGUGUCACGAUAGCGCAUGGGAAUACCUGACAAGCAGCACCCUAUUUAGAGCAAUCACGAUUAGAAUGAGCAACAUUGGCACACAUUGUAGUCCAGAAAGGAUGCACCCGAGAAGGACCCAGUGGUCUUACGAGACUAAGAUGAAAUAUUUGGCUCAGAUGUCGAUACGUGCCUCGCACGUCCUCAUCAAAACAGCGAGGGCUCUUAGAACAUUUACUACGAGGCACCAGAGAGUGGUC